CAGCGUUUCAUAAGUGGUCGCGACUAGUCGUUUCAUAAACAAAGUAAAGUAGAGACGGUUGUCAUUGCAACAGCGCCAUACAGAAGAGUGACAGCCUAACGGAGAAACAUCUACUUCAUACUUUAUUAAUGAAGAACAUUCAGCAGAAUGAAGGGACUUUUCUUUGUCGAGCCGGUCAUCGCGAUUUACUCAUUUGCCAGUUUCUUGCUUUAUCCUCUGGUGCAGCAGUACGUGUAUCGUAGACUUUGGCUGGAAAUCACAAACUCAUCGUAUCCCGUGUCCGGCAACACUUCCCCAUGCUCCGCCAACAUCAGCAACCACACCGGCCAGCAAGAGGAGGUCCAAAAAGCGGCUUCACUGUUUUCCACGUACAGCGAGUUGUUUUCCUUGAUCCCUAGUCUUGUGAUGACCCUCCUCCUGGUGGCCUACAGCGAUCAGCGCGGGCGUAAGAUGACCAUCAGCAUGCCGCUCAUUGGGUCCCUGAUCUACACAUGUUCUUUCCUGGCUGUGUCUUUCUUCGAGCUCAACGUCUACCUCCUCAUUGCUGCCAAUUUCGCAAGUUCCCUCUUUGGUGGCAUCGGAACCAUGCUUGGUGGCUGCUUCACCUACGUGGCCGAUCUGUGUGACAACGACCAGCAGAAAACGCUUCGGAUGGCUGUGAUAGACAUGGUGAUCGGCUUCAUGGCAGGUGUGGCGUCAAUCUCCACGGGCUACUUUUUGAGAACGGCUGGGUUUAACUGGCCUUUCUUCACUUCUGCCAUGUUACAGCUGCUUAACUUGUUAUAUGUCAUCUUUAUCCUGGAAGAAUCCAAGGUGGUUGAUAAGUCACAGAUUGUGGCUUGUUGCCAGGCCUUGCGGAGACUUGCAGCUGGCAUCUAUAAUCUGUUUGCAGGAGGACACAGUAAAAGAAGUUGGAUUCUUGUGUUAUUGAUAUUGACACUCUCCACCUUUUCGUUUUCCAAUACUGGUGGUUUGUCUGCGAUUACGCUUUAUGAACUCAAUAGGCCGCUUUGUUGGAGCGAGAUUCUUGUCGGCUAUGGAUCUGCAGCCUCCACUACCGUGUUCAUAACCAGUUUUAUUGGUCUAUAUAUGUUCUCCCGAUGUCUGCCUAACAUACCCAUCAUCUACAUUGGGAUGUUGUCGGUUGUUAUAGGCAUGACGGCGACAGCCUUUGCUAAGACCACUCUUGUGAUGUUCUUGGUGAGGAUUCCUUCGAUGUUUGCCAUCAUGCCGUUCCCAAUUCUGCGUUCGAUGAUGUCAAAGCUUGUUUCAAAGUCCGAGCAGGGUGCGCUAUUUGCCUGUGUCGCUUUCAUGGAAAACCUGACAAGUAAUGUGGCCUCUGCAGUUUUUAGCAGCAUCUAUGCGGAGACUGUGGCGUGGUGUCCUGGCUUCGUCUUUCUUUUGGGUGCUCUACUCUGCAUCAUUCCUAUGAGUCUACUGGGAAUCCUGUGGUGUAUCCAUCCAGCAGAUUCCAAUGACACUGAAGGACUCUUAUCAGAAAAUGAGACUGAAGUCUCAGAGGAUGCACCCGUGGCUUAAAACUCAGACACACAGAGUAUGUUUAAUUCAUCUCAUAAAAUGAGAACUGGAUAAAAAAGAGAUUUGAGUAUUUUUAGCAACUGCCAAAUGUGAGUUUUCACCAAAAUAAUGUAUAUGCAAAAAAAAAUUUUUUUAAGGAAGGACCACUUAAGAAGGGAUGAAAUUGUAUAUUUUUAAAGGGACAUUUUUUUUAAUUAGGAAAUUGCAAUAAUUUAAGCAAAGUUUUGUUUUGUUUAGUUUUCGUGUUAAAUUUUUUUAUAGCAACAUUCAGCAUGUAAAUAUUACCAUGGUGUCAUCAUGAUAUUACAUUGUCUCGUCGAUCUCUGAUUAAUUUUCAAAUAUCCAUAACCAGAUUUCCUCAGGAAUCAUCUUGAAUGUACUUACAUUUUCUGAGGUUUGGGCUGAUGUGCAAUAAGGUUUAUGUUUUAAAUAAUUUCAUAAAAGUUCAGCCAGUAAGCCCUGACCUCCCAUUUAAGUUGUAAGUCAUGAUUAAUAUUUGAUUGAACAGCUCUUCAUCCCUGCUUAUUUUAUCAACUUUAUUUGAAGCAUUUGAGAUUGAGGCACUUUAAAAAAUUGGAGCACUUUUAUUAUUAGCAAAAUCUAGCUACCAGCUUAUAAAGCCUAACAACACCUAGCAGCUACAAGAAAUACCCUAGUAACCAACCUUAAGACCCUAAGAACACCUAGAAACUAGAUAAAACACCCUAGCAACCAGCUAAAACGCCCAGAAAUGCCUAGAAUCUCGCCUAUUGACCUUAACAACGACUAGCGACCAUAUUAAACCCCCUAGAAACUUGCUAAAAUACCUAAGCAAUGCCUAGCAACCAGCUUUUAGAACUUAACACCCAGAUGAAACAGCCAAGUAAUCUAGAACCAAGCCUGUAGACCCUAACAACCAGGUGAAACAUCAGGUAGCAACGGCUAGCAACCAGAUGAAAUCCCCUAGCAAGCAGCUUUUAGAGCCCAACAGUGUAGUGAAGUGGGCUCUUUUUGGUUGACUAAAGGUGUCCUACUGCAUUCUGGAUCUUUUGCAUGGCCUUGUUUUCAUAUAAUUGAGGUUCAGUAAGAGAGUGAAUCAGCUGCUGCCUUGAAGGCCAGUGUCAGAAACUUGACUUUGAUACAGGGAGUUGUUGUUAUAUAUAUUGGGUUUUAUUUGGCCUUCAGAGAUGUAAAUGACAAAGAACUUCACUUUCACUUGCGAUGUCCAGUGUGGUCAACAGGGGGCAGUAUUGAUCCGUCUAAACACUAUAUUUUACUUUGUCAUUACUUUAAGAUACAUUUUUAACCAACUUUAAAUUUAACAAAGUUGAAUCCUGAGAAAACAUACAAUACAGACAUGUUGCUCUUUGAUGUGAUAUUUAUUUUUAUGCUGUUAAUUACAAAUGAAGAUUUCAUUGAUGUUGUGUGGAUGCUUCAAAGAGCCUGAGCCUGAAAUAUUCAAAGUGUGUGUGAGCUUGUGUGAGUUUGAAUAUACUUGUGAGAAAAUCAUUGUAAACGGUACUCCCUAUUAAAAAGGCUCAUAAGACGAAUCAGGUGUAAUUUUGCUUUUCUGUUCAGGGUCUGGAAAAUAGCAUUAUCCAGGUAUUAAAACAAUGUAGAGCACAACAAAUCACUACUAGCCAAUGCAAGAAACAUUGUCAUUUUAAUACAGAAUAUUAUAAAACAGAUUGUUUUGAGGAAAAUUGUUUGAAAAUUGUCAAUUGGACUAAAUUUGUUGUGAUCACAAUAACACCAUAACAAUAAAAGAAGGGUGACAUCCUGCAUAUAAAUGUA